GUCCGGCUGGGCGCGAAAGCUUGAACUGCGCUGCGGAGCUCUCCUCGGCGGGAGCAGCUGCGCCGCGGCUGAGGAAAGCGGGGGUGCGCUUCGUCCCGAGCGAAGCGCUGCGGAGGCCGGAGUCAUGACGGGCGAAGAGGUUUCUGAGGUACCUCUAGAAAUCAGUGAUCCAAAGCUCAUUUCACAAGAAGAAGCAGAUAGUCCUUCAGAUAGUGGACAGGGCAGCUAUGAAACAAUUGGGCCCUUGAGUGAACAAGAUUCAGAUGAAGAGAUAUUUGUGAGUAAGAAAUUGAAAAGCAGGAAGGUACUACAAGACAGUGAUUCUGAAAAAGAGGACACAAAUGCCUCUCCACAGAAAACUACCUCUGACAGCAUCGAGGAAAAUAAAGAGAAUUUAUAUGCUGGAAAAAAUGGAAAAGUCAGAAGGAUUUACAAAACUCUGGCAGACAGUGAUGAAAGUGACAUUGAGGAGUCUUUGUAUCAGGAAACUCUUGAAACUCAAGUGACACCUUGCUUAGAACUGAGUUUCCAGUCUGAAAACUGUGUGGACUUUACAGUUGACAGAAAGAGUUCCAAAAAACCCAUGUGUGAUAAAGAAGGAAAAGCAAAAGUAAAAUCAAAGAGAAGACUUGAGAAAGAGGAGAGAAAGAUGGAAAAAAUUAGGUGGCUAAAAAAGAAGGAAAAAAAAAAAGAGGAAGAUGAUGUGAAACAGCCAUUUAAUGAUAGUGGCUGUCUUCUUGUGGAUAAAGACCUUUUUGAAACUGGGUUGGAGGAGGAAAAUAGCUCUCCACUGGAAGAUGAAGAAUCAUUAGAAUCAAUAAGGGCAGCUGUGAAAAACAAAGUAAAACACAAGAAAAAGGAACUGUCUUUGGAGAGUGGGGUCUGUUCAUUUGAAGAAGAAAGUGGGUUACCAAAAAGCACCAUGAAGAAGGAAAGGAAAGCAGCCAAGUUAAGUAAGGAAGCACUAAAGAAACUGCAUAGUGAGACUCAGCGCCUUAUUCGAGAGACUGCACUUAAUCUUCCAUAUCACAUGCCUGAGGAUAAAACCAUUCAUGAUUUCUUCAAACGUAAACCCCGGCCCACUUGCCAGGGAAAUGCCAUGGCACUACUGAAGUCAUCUAAGUAUCAGUCAAACCAGCACAAAGAAAUCACAAACUCUGCAAAUACAACAGAGAUGAAUAAUGAGCACCAUAGCAAAGAUGCAGGUGCAGGACAACAGGUGCAGACAACAGGUGCAGGAUAUGAAAUGGAAAUUAAUGCACUUCCUGCAAAAGAUCCCCAGGUGGCUACUGGAUCAGAUGAGUCUUGCCAUAAGGGAAGUAAAGAGCUGGAAAUUCAGGAGAAACAGGAGCAGAACAAUGCUAGCCCUUUACUUGAGGAUGUCUCAGUGGCACAGGAGGAAUCCAGCUUCCUCAGGAAUAAGGACAAUGAGGGGUAUCAGGCUGAAGGGCUUCAGGCACCUGAACAUCAUGCCCUGGAGGGAGAAGAAGUUCUGAAAAAAACAGAAGAAGCAGAGGAAAAGGUGGAAGUGCCCAGGCAACAGACUAAAUCAGCAGCAGCUGUGCCACGUGAAAAAGUGAGGCGGUUCACUCUGGACAGACUUAGGCAACUGGGAGUAGAUGUUUUUAUUAAACCUCGGCUGGGUGCUGAUGAGGAUUCCUUUGUGAUACUUGAAGAACCUGAAACCAACAGAGAACUGGAAGCGCUGAAGCAGCGCUUCUGGAAGCAUGCUAAUCCAGCUGCCAAACCCAGGGCUGGUCAGAGGGUGAAUGUGAACAUCAUAGUGAAAGAUGUGGGCACGGAUGGGAAGGAAGAGCUGAAGGCAGAUGUGGUACCUGUGACUUUGGCAGCUGAGAAGUUGGAUGGAGCAAGCCACACAAAACCAGGCGAAAAGCUUCAGGUGCUGAAAGCUAAACUGCAAGAAGCAAUGAAACUCCGAAGGUUUGAGGAACGCCAAAAGCGCCAGGCAUUAUUUCAGUUAGAUAAUGAAGAUGGAUUUGAAGAAGAGGAGGAGGAGGAAGAAAUGACAGAUGAAUCUGAGGAAGACGGAGAUGAGGAGGAAGAGGGGGAGUUAGAGGAAGAAGAAGGGAACGAAGAGGAGGAAGGCAAUCAGGAGAAUACAGAAUUCCUUCUCAGUAAUGAAGAAAUGGAAACCAAAGAUGAGAAAGAAGUGGAUAAAGAAAACAAUGAUGGGAGUAGUGAAAUUGGCAAGUCAGUUGGCCUUCUCUCUGUUCCCAAGCCUCUCUCAUCAGAUUCUACCUUACUUCUGUUCAAGGACAACUCUUCCAAGAUGGGCUACUUUCCUAGUGAAGAAAAAUCAGAAACAGAUGAAAACUCGGGCAAAAGGCCUAGCAAACUGGAUGAAGAUGAUUCAUGCUCAUUGCUAACAAAGGAGAGCAGCCACAAUAGCAGCUUUGAGCUGGUUGGCUCCACAAUUCCAUCCUAUCAGCCUUGCAACAGACAAACAGGCCGUGGGACCAGUUUUUUCCCUACAGCAGGGGGAUUCAGAUCUCCUUCCCCUGGGCUAUUUCGAGCCAGUUUGGUCAGCUCUGCUUCUAAGAGUUCAGGAAAGCUGUCUGAGCCUUCACUUCCCAUAGAGGAUUCCCAGGAUCUGUAUAACGCCUCCCCAGAGCCUAAGCCACUUUUCCUAGGAGCAGGCGACUUCCAGUUCUGUUUAGAAGAUGACACUCAGAGCCAACUGUUGGAUGCAGAUGGGUUCUUAAAUGUUAGAAACCACAGGAAUCAGUACCAAACUUUGAAGCCUCGACUGCCAUUAGCCAGUAUGGAUGAGAAUGCCAUGGAUGCUAACAUGGAAGAGCUACUGGAUCUGUGUACUGGGAAUUUCACAUCUCAGGCUGAAAAACCUCUGUCUGUAAACAGCAACAAGAAAGAGAACAUGGAGGAACUUCUGAAUCUUUGUUCAGGAAAAUUCAUUUCACAGGAGGCCUCUGCUCUGGCUCCAUCAGAGUUAAAUGAACAGGAGAAGGAGAGCAGCAUGGGUGAUCCAAUGGAAGAAGCACUUGCUCUUUGCUCAGGCUCUUUCCCAACAGACAGAGAAGAAGAAGAUGACGAGGAGGAGUUUGAAGACUUUCGGCUUGUCCCAAACGAUAAUGAAUUUGAUAGUGAUGAGGAUGAGCACAAUGACUCUGAUGAUGAAGGUCUGGCUCUGGAAGGCCAGGAAGAUGACGAUGAUGAAGAAGAGCUCCUGAAGCGAUCUGAGAAGUUGAAAAGGCAAAUGAGAUUAAAGAAAUACCUGGAGGAUGAGGCAGAGGUAUCAGGGAGUGACGUGGGAAGUGAAGAUGAGUAUGACGGGGAAGAAAUUGAUGAAUAUGAACAGGAUGAAAUUGAUGAAGUACUUCCUUCUGAUGAGGAACUGCAGAAUCAAAUUAAGAAAAUACACAUGAAAACAAUGUUGGAUGAUGAUAAACGACAGCUACGUUUAUACCAAGAGAGAUACCUUGCUGAUGGGGACCUGCAUAGUGAUGGUCCUGGACGGGUGAGGAGAUUCCGAUGGAAAAACACAGAUGAUGCUUCCCAGAUGGACUUGUUCUACAGAGACUCGGAUGAUGAUCAGAUUGAAGAACAGCUCGAUGAGACAGAAGCCAGAUGGAGGAAGGAGCGAAUUGAACGAGAGCAAUGGCUUCGAGACCAGGCACAGCAGGGGAACAUUGCAGCUGAAGAAGAAGAAAUUGGGGAAGAUAGUCAGUUUAUGAUGCUAGCCAAGAAAGUUACAGCCAGAGCGCUGCAGAAAAAUGCUAAUCACACUGUGGUUAUUCAAGAAUCAAAGUCUUUACUCAGAAAUCCUUUUGAAGCCAUCACACUGGGAAAUGCCCACCAGCUGAAGACAGGUUCAUUGCUAAACCAGCCCAAAGCUGUGCUUCAGAAACUGGCUGCCCUCUCUGACCUCAAUCCCAGUGCUCCCCGAAAUUCAAGAAACUUUGUUUUCCAUACACUCUCUCCUGUUAAGGCUGGAGCAGCAAAGGAAUCGUCUAAGCCUCAGGUAAGGAGAAAGGGUCCAUCUUUAAUGACAUCCCCUUCACCCAAGCGCCUCAAGACAGAUGAUAGCACUUCAGGCUUGAAGCAAAGCAUCUUCAGAUACUUGGAAAGCUAACACCAGCAAGGGUGCCAGCACUUACGUUGAGACUGCUUUGAGAAGUUUAUGGCAGUGAAGGUUGGAAUUAACUGCUCACAUGGAUGAUUCCUCCUUCCUUCAUAAUCAAUGCAUUAAGAAUUCAGACAGAGCUUCAAAGCACAUGGCUGUGGGUAUCUAUUUCCUUUCCUAGUAUUAUUUCCUGGGUUGGCCACCAAUCUUAAUUCCACAGUGUUUACAACACCAACUCAUGGCACAUCUGGGUGUAGGCUCAUUUCCUUCAUUAAACAUUUGACAUCCUAGCAGCUUCCUGGGUUGAUACCUCUUUGUGAAAGGGGUGGUUGGAGGAGGAGGAAGAAGAAAAAAUGUGGCAUUACAGAAAAUUACAGUGAAUGUCGAUAUCAGAAUGACUCCUUAACAGCCCUGACAUCUGCACCACAGUGACCAGGACUUGGUGAAAGAGUGAAUUCAUAGAGGACCUAGGAACCAACAGAUGGGCUGCUAUAUUCAUCUUGUCCCUUCCAUUUUCCUGUAUGCCUCUUCCCAAAGCAGCUUCAAAUGUCCAAGGAACCUUUGCCUCCUUUAUAAUAAGGAUCCAAACUGGUACUCAAGUCAUAAAACCUUGGCCCUAAUUUUCUGAACUAUGAGGAUGAAGAUAAAGGGUUCACCCAAUGUCUGUCCACAUUAGAUAUCCCAUGGGGCAGAGAGCUCUUGCCUGGGACUGAAUUCUCAGUUUGAAACACUGUUACUCAAGGACCUCCCUGUUCAUCCUGGCAAGAAGAAACAUAAUUAUUUAUUGCAUUCAUCUGGGUUGAGUAUAGUGCCCUGAUCAAUCAGAAAAUAAUUAAAUACUUCAUUACUUAUUUUGAGAGAAGACCACCAUGGAGUUGAGUCAAAAUAUUGUUGAAGAGAAUUGCCACCAACCCGUUUUCCCUGAAUUAUUAUGAGGAUCUCAGAAUUUUAGACAGA